AUGCGCAACAACACCACCUGCCAUCGAUUGUGCGCCGUCGCCGCAAUUCUCAUCCUUUUCACCAAAUACGCUCAAACACUCGAUUGUAUGCAAUGCGGCAACACCGGCGAAUGGUAUUCGGAAGAGGCGCAUGAAAAGCACAUCAACGCGUGUCGCCACGGCCUCAUUGCUCCAACGCGUUGCGAGAACGCCUCACACACGCAUUGUAUCGUGAGUUGGUAUCGAACCGGCGGAAGUUCGGAAAAAAUCGUGACUCAACGACAAUGCGGUACCAAGGACGACGUGACCGGAUGCACUUUGUACAAUUCGAAAAUCAGCAGACGAGUACGCCACCUUCUGAAUCGCGAUGAUGGCACAAAAAAUUUGCGCAAGGAAACCGUCGCGUCGUUCGUGGAAGUCUGCAGCACCUCAUGCCCGAACGGUGAAUGCGUGAACACAUCGAACUCGAUUCCCUACAUCCUCACACCGCUAAUUUCUCUCAUUUUGUCGCAAUUUUAG